UUCACCACAGGAGCCCCAUAAUGAGCGGGAAUCUGUCACGCAAGACUGCAAAGAUCCCGUCCCUGGAACACGUCCGAUUUUACUCAAACAAACUGCAAUCUAUAAACCUGCCGUGACGUUCAAAACAAUGUCUACUGACAGUGAAUAUAAACCCCACAGCCAUAUUCCAUAUGGUUCUGAUGGCUCCGGGUUCUACUCUGAUAACUCAAAAGGCUGUUAUGAUGUCAUUGAAAAGGCUCUGCCUCUUGUACUAAAGGCGGCAUCAACAACAGCCACGCCCAAAGACUCAACAUUCACCAUAGUCGACUAUGGUUGUGCCGAUGGAGGGACAUCAAUGCCCCUUAUGUAUGCUUUAGUCAAGUUACUGCGGGAGAAUGACGAGAAGAUGCCCAUCCAUAUUGUAUAUGAAGACCAGCCUGUUAAUGAUUUUAAGUCUGUAUUCAUGAGGCUGCAAGGGCUGAUUCCUGGACCUCGAAGCUACCUCAUGGAUUUCAAAAAUGUCUUCAUGACAGCGUCUGGGACCAGCUUCUUCAGUCAAUGCCUGCCAGCCAAUAGCGUGACUUUAGGCUUCUCUGCCACCGCUAUGCACUGGUUGCAUGACAAACCAUGUGACAUCACAGGCGCAUUGCACCACACAAUGAUUUCAGACCCAAAGGAGAAAGAGCUAUUUGCUAGACAAGCGGCCAUAGAUUGGGAAACAAUCCUACUUCACCGAGCUGCUGAACUGAGACCAGGUUGCAGCAUGGUCCUGGUACUGCUUGCUGUUGAUGAUGAAGGACAGUAUGCAGGCAACACUAAAGACACACCAGUCUCUGUGGAUCACCAGAUGAGAGAUCUUUGGCAAGGACUGGUAGAUGACGGCACAAUCACCAAGGAUGAAUUCCUCAAGACAAACUUUAAUCAAUACUUUCGCACCAUGGCUGAAUGCAGGAAGCCUUUCGAUGAUGAAAACAGCGCCGUCCGAAAAGCUGGCCUGGAAAUUGUGUCCAUGAAAACUGGGAUUGUUCCCUGUCCAUAUCGACAGAAGUGGUUGAAAGAGAGGGGGGAUCCCCAUGAGUUUGCCAAGUGGUAUAUUCCCACCUUCCGUUCAUGGAGUAAUAGCACUUUCAGAUCAGGCUUGUCAGACGAUCGUACCGACAAGGAAAAGGAUGCCAUUGUGGAUGAGUUUUUCCGUCGAUACGAAGCUGAUGUGGUGACCGAUCCAAGUAGACACGGCCUGAACUAUGUACACUGCUAUAUGGUGAUAAAGAAGCGCUCAGAUCUUUAGUGAUCAGGCUUUUAUAUGAACUUUUUUUAUGAUUAUUACAACUAGUAAGUAACUUACUCAAGCAGUGUGUCUAGUCAAAAGUUCAAUUAAAGCAUUAUCUUGUGAUUGGGAA